GAGAUUUGCCUCUGAAUGGUUAAGUAUUAUACAGAGUCUGAAUGGUUAAGAGCUCUUAUCUGAAUUGAUCAGACAUUUGCCUCUGAAUAGUUAAACAAUAUACUAGCUCUUAAUGGUUCAGACCUCUUACUGGUUCAGCACUUAAUGUUUCAGACCUCUUACUGGUUCAGCACUUACCCAUUCAGAAGUUACCAAACAGCCCCUAAGUAUCUUUGUAUGUCUCUUUUUGUUUGGAGUACUUUACUUUGGUGUACCCUCCGUUCUAAAACAUAUUUUCCGUUUAUAUUUAUGAGAGAGAGAAAGAGUGAAGAGAGAGAAAUCUAGAUCUCGGCAGUCAUAAGCUGCGUGCGCGAGGGAUCGAUCUUCAGAGAGCAGCUAUGGAGGUCCCGAGUUUGUCGCGAUGGAUCUCGUGCUGCUUCCUCGUCCUCUUCGUCUUCUUCGCCAUGGCUCACUCUUUCUACCUCCCCGGAGUCGCUCCUCAGGAUUUCCAGAAGGGUGACCCUCUGAAGGUGAAAGUCAACAAACUGGCUUCUACUAGAACUCAACUUCCUUAUUCGUAUUAUUCCCUUCCUUACUGUAAGCCAGAUCGCAUUGUGGACAGUGCAGAAAAUCUUGGCGAGGUUCUUCGUGGUGACCGUAUUGAGAACUCUGUUUAUGAGUUUCGUAUGAGGGAACCACAGAUGUGUAACAUUGCAUGUCAUAUUGUUCUUAAUGCAAAAACAGAAAAAGAAUUUAAGGAGAAGAUAGAUGACGAAUAUCGGGUGAACAUGAUUUUGGAUAACCUUCCUCUCGUUAUGCCUAUUAAGAGGCUUGAUCAGGAUUCUAUCAUCUAUCAACAUGGUUUCCAUGUUGGUCUCAAGGGAAUAUACGCCGGGAGUAAGGAGGAGAAGUAUUUUAUCCACAACCAUUUAACAUUUACUGUCAAGUUUCACAAGGAUGCAGAAACUAAUGCUGCUAGAAUUGUUGGGUUUGAAGUAAAACCCUUCAGCGUGAAACAUGAGUAUGAUGGUAAAUGGACUGAUAACAACACAAGACUAAGCACAUGUGAUCCUCAUGCCAAACGCACAGUUACAACCUCUGAUUCUCCCCAGGAAGUUGCGGAUAAGAAGGAAAUCAUCUUCACAUAUGACGUUGAAUUCCAGGAGAGUGACAUCAAGUGGGCAUCAAGAUGGGACACGUAUCUUCUAAUGACUGACGAUCAGAUCCACUGGUUCUCAAUUGUAAAUUCUCUGAUGAUUGUUCUUUUCCUCUCGGGUAUGGUGGCCAUGAUCAUGCUACGGACCCUCUAUCGCGACAUCUCCAAGUACAACCAAUUGGAGACCCAAGAAGAAGCCCAAGAGGAAACAGGGUGGAAGCUGGUCCACGGGGAUGUAUUCAGACCCCCAACAAACUCAGAUCUGUUGUGUGUCUGUGUGGGGACAGGCGUUCAGUUCCUCGGCAUGACAUUAGUGACAAUGAUUUUUGCCGUUUUGGGGUUCUUGUCCCCCUCUAACCGUGGAGGGUUAAUGACGGCCAUGCUUCUCGUCUGGGCCUUCAUGGGUGUCUUAGCCGGGUACGCAUCAGCGCGUCUCUACAAGAUGUUCAGAGGAUCUGAAUGGAAGAAAAUCACUCUCCAAACGGCUUUCAUGUUUCCAGGGGUCUUCUUUGUUGUUUUCUUCAUCCUGAAUGCUCUGAUUUGGGGGGAAAGGUCAUCCGGCGCCGUACCCUUUGGAACCAUGUUUGCUCUGGUUUUUUUGUGGUUCGGCGUCUCAGUCCCACUCGUGUUUGUAGGUAGUUACGUAGGGUUCAAGAAGCCGGCCAUCGAGGGCCCCGUCAAAACGAAUAAGAUCCCAAGACAAAUACCCGAACAGGCGUGGUACAUGAACCCGGUAUUCUCAAUCUUGAUUGGGGGUAUACUCCCGUUCGGGGCAGUUUUCGUCGAGCUCUUCUUCAUCCUCACCUCCAUCUGGUUGCAGCAGUUCUACUACAUAUUUGGCUUCCUAUUCGUGGUGUUUGUCAUCCUGGUAAUCACCUGCGCAGAGAUCACUAUUGUUCUCUGCUACUUCCAGCUUUGCAGCGAGGACUACCUAUGGUGGUGGCGGUCCUACCUCACCUCUGGCUCUUCAGCUCUCUACCUCUUUGUCUAUUCCGCCUUUUACUUCUUCACAAAGCUGGAGAUCACAAAGCCCGUCUCCGGGAUCCUCUAUUUCGGGUACAUGCUCAUCGCUUCUUUUGCAUUCUUUGUUUUGACUGGCACCAUAGGGUUCUAUGCUUGCUUUUGGUUCACGAGGCGUAUCUACUCGUCCGUGAAGAUUGAUUGAUUCAUCGACGUACUUGAGCAUCGGAAUGAGGUUUGGUUUGGGUGGUGGGUAGUCAUAUGAUCAUGAAUGAGUGUCUAAAGUCUAAUUGUGUAUCUUCAAAUUAAAUGCCAUUUCCUCUACAUUUUGUUUAUGUUAUUUUGUCUUGAUGUUUAAGUUUCUUUUGUACCCUCCCAAGAUAACAUUUUUAGAUGAGAAAGAUGAGAGUUUGCAAAUUACUACUAAAUUUUAUGUUGUGUU